AAAUGCAAAAAGGCGGCGGCGCGCGGCAGUCGCGGAGCGUUGAUGGCCGAUAACGAUAACACGCCGCUUUCGCCCGUCAAAGGUGCUCCGAAAAUGGCUCCUCAUCGAUCAAGAGUAACGCGGAACUCGAGCCACAAAGGAAGAACGGCAGCAGAAGAACGUCGUCCCGACGUUCCAUCUUCGCGAUCCUCGGCGGGGAGGGGGGUAAACGACACUCAUAACUCGGCGAUCAAGUCCGCCGUCACAAUAUUUAUCAACGGAUCGUCUCGAGCAUCAUCGUCGGCCGUAGUGGGCUACCGGCGCGCAUAA